CUGAAAAGGCAGCCGAGCUGUGACUCCCUGUUCGGCGGGAAGCAGGUGAAGCCCGGCGCCGUGUGGAGGCCGUACGGCCCGCCGCUGUACGGGUACGGCUCCUCCCUGAACCCGCCGCCCAGGAAGCGGCCGGACACGCUGCUCAUCCUCGCCGCCAUCUUCUACUGCCUGGCCGUCCUGACAGCGGUGGUGUUCGCUGUGCUGUUCAAGACCAACGUCAUACCAGUAUACAAAACUCCGGAGCCGGUACCUGUGUGGAUGCAGCAGUUUCCCCCGGAGAUGCAGAGGUGGUACCAGUUGGCGCUCCAGGCCGCCGGAGGGGACACAUUAGCGAUACUGCCGCCUGGAUACGUGCAGCAACCGACCGAUGAGACUCCCGUUCAAGAGUUUUGUGGAAACACGUCUCUGCCCGACUUGCCCCAUGGCCACUUCAACUGCACCAGUAUCGCCCACCAUAACAUCUACGUGCGCAUGUGCAUUGCGAAGUGUGACGUGGGCUACCAGACCGAUGACGCGGGCCUGCUGUUCUGCAAGCGCGGCCGAUGGUCGCCGAUCGCGCCCAAAGUCUUGUCGACACUCGUCGGCGUCGGUCGGGCUGCCGACACGAUGCCGAACACCGACCCUCGGUGGUUCGAGCACCUCGGCAUCUCCGACCAAAUCUACGCGGACGUGGCGUUUAACAUUUUAGUGAAGGUUGAUGACGUCCCAAAUCUGUCUAUCAUAAAGACAUAUCUAAACAUUAUCUCAGAGGACAACAUCAUCGACUUUAACAUGAUGCGGCAGGUGUUGAUUUGGAUUGGCCCAACUCUAGACGACAAAGUGGCCAACCUGGACUUCCUGCAUAUUCUGUCUCGCCUAGAGACGUUUGGGGCGUCCAGACGGCCGGUAUGCAGAAUCGUGGACUGUGGAAGAGACUUUGAGAACUUAGCUCAUGGCCGAGUCAACAGCACUGCGACCACCUACAUGUCCGAAGGCCGAGUGGUCUGUGAGCGAGGCUACCUGCCCCGGCACCCUGUACUAACGUGCAACGCUACAGGACACUGGGACAAACCUGCACAGUGCGACCCUGUAACCUGCAGCCCACCUGAGGACCCCCCGCACGGCUCGUACCUGUGUCAGGGUCACGUGUUCUCGGACCGCUGUGACGUCAUGUGUGACGUAGGGUACGUACCGGAAACGGACCACGCCCUGGGCUGCAGCUGGACCGGAAAUUGGACCGCCUUCCGCAGAGGGAACACGACAGAGAUGGAAAAUUUUGUGUCAGCAGGUACGACGUACGGCGAGACGUGUUAUCUCACCUGUCAGGACGGCUACAAACGGCUGGGACAAGACAACUUCACCUGCCAGGUGUAUCGACCAACAGCCCAAGCAACCUGGAGUGGGGAGCCUGAGUGUACCCCAGUGAGUUGCGGCCCCCCUCCUGAGUUCCCUAACACCGCCCUACAGUGCGCCAGCGGACACACCUACGGGAACAUCUGCGGAGUCACCUGUGCGGACGGGUACGAAGGAACGAACCACCGGAGCGUAGCUUGUCAUAACAGCGGCAACUGGAGCCUACAGACGGGAGAAAGACUGCGGCAAUCUUACCGUAAAACACUAACAGAAUUUUUUCUUAACGCCCAGAGCCCUGCCAACGGCAGCCUGACGUGCAGCGGUACCAGGUACCAGGACUCCUGCCGCCUGACCUGUCAGCCCGGGUACAAAGUCGGCAAUGACCAGGACCUUCAUCUCCACAGUCUACACAGCUUCAGGUGCAUGGCUAGUGGACAAUGGAACGACAAGCCCAGAUGCGUCCCAUCCGACUACUGCCGGCUCAGUCUGCACGACUGCCACCCUGAGCACGGGAUCUGCGACCUGACGGGCCACCAGACCUUCAGCUGCCGCUGCCGGGUCGGGACGGUCGGGGACGGGAGACGCUGUGAACGGACCUCCUGUCCACCUUUCCCGGUCGCUGAACCGGAGAAUGGUUACUUCGGGUGUUCUAUCCCGGCAUCCCCUGCAGCUGACUUCUGCCAAUCACCUGACAGCACGGCGGCGGAGUACGAGGUCGUCUGUCUGCUCCACUGUAACCCUGGUUACGACAGGCUGAUCUAUGCCGAGUACUCCUGUGGACACGACGGGAACUGGACCAUCCCAUUCAACCUAAACACCACAGGGACCAUACCGUGCUUAGCUGUGAAAUGCUCGAACCUGUCCAGUCCCCGACACGGUAGAAUGACCUGUGGCAGCGGCUACUAUUUCCGGUAUCCUGAGGUCUGCAACUUUACCUGUGACUGGGGCUACGAGCUCACGACUCCCGCAAGCAGCAGGGAGAGACGCUGUCAGACUGAUGCAACCUGGUCUGGAAACGACGCCGUGUGCAUAGGUGUACAAUGCCCGCCCCUGUCCCGUCCAACUAAUGGAGGAAUGUCCUGUAACAACGGCUCCUCCUUCCGCUACCCCGAGACUUGCAGCUUCGCCUGUAACAGCGGCUACCGGCUGUCAGGAAGCAGCGGUCGGACCUGCCAGGCUGAUAGUACUUGGACUGGGAGCGCUGCAGGGUGUAUUGUGGAGUGUCCGGCUCUUACCAGCCCCCAGAACGGCAGGGUGGACUGUACUGACCGACUGGUAAACGACAGGUGCACCUUCAGCUGUAACCAUGGUUACCACCUGCUGGGGUCAUCUCAGGUCGUGUGCGGGUCGGACGGACAGUGGACAGGCACGGUCCCCACCUGCGCAGCUUGUGACAGCGCGGCUGACAUCAUCUUUUCAAUCGACGUUUCUGGGAGUGUAUCGGGGCACUUUGCCACAGUCAGGAACUUUAUCAAUGGUGUAGUAAAUUCUCUAACCAUCGGAGGAAAUCACGCGAGAGUUGGGUUCAUCAAAUUUCAAUUUGACGAUGCAGAUAAGGUGAUUUCCCUCACGGACUACGACAAUAAGUCCGAUUUGUUGGCAAUGAUUGGAAGUUUGGGCACGUCGUUAGGCAGCAAAGUUCCCUCUGUCGCGGGUUUGUCCGCUAUGCGUAACGAAUUCUCAACUUCAGGACGGCCGGCAGCGAGGAAGAUCGGGAUCGUCCUAACAGACGGCCAAGACAGUUCGAGUAGCGCUGUCAUACCUGACUCGCAAACACUGAGGAACGACGGCACCACAAUUUUCUGUGUGGGAGUUGCUAGCGUCGGGAUUGAAACUCUGAACAACAUGGCCAGCAGGCCUGUUAAUGACCACGUGUUUACUGCCACGUUCGAUAAUCUACAGACUAUUGUAGACACUCUCCGUCCUAAGGUUUGGUGUUGA